GGAGGUCGCGGGGCGGAGCCAGCAGCUGCCGGGCUGCAGCCUUGGGGCCGGUGCUGGUCCUCUGCCGGUGCCGGGAUGGCCUUAAGCGACUUGCCUGUGGCGGGUGCAGCGGAGGAGGAGGCAGAGGACGAGGCGCUGGCCCGUGGCGCCGCCCUGGAAGCGUUCGGCGAGAGCGUGGAGAUCCGCGCGCUGCUCGGCCGCCUGCGGGUGGUGCAUGGCGAGCGCGCAGCCCGGGAGGUGGCGGAGGAGCGGUUCCGCGUAAUAAUGGACAAGUAUCAGGAGCAGCCUCAUCUGUUGGACCCACACCUUGAGUGGAUGAUGAACUUGUUGUUGGACAUGGUGCGAGAUAAGACGUCCCCAACUGCCCUUGUACAUCUGGCUUUUAAAUUUCUCUACAUCAUCACCAAGGUUCGAGGCUACAAGGUAUUUCUUCGUUUAUUUCCUCACGAAGUAGCUGACGUGCAGCCUGUGCUGGACAUGUUCUCGGGUCAGAACCCUACAGACCACGAGACCUGGGAAACGCGCUACAUGCUGCUCCUGUGGCUCUCCAUGACCUGCCUCAUCCCUUUUGAUUUUUCACGUUUUGAUGGGAACCUCCUCACCCAACCUGAGGAGACACGAGUGUCCACGAUGGACCGCAUCCUGCGCAUAGCUCAGGCCUACCUGGCUGUCAGUGACAAGGCCCGAGACGCGGCUGCUGUCCUUGUGUCUAGGUUCAUCACCCGUCCUGAUGUCAGGCAGAGGAAGAUGGCUGGCUUUCUGGACUGGAGCCUCUGCACCUUGGCCCGCUCUUCCUUCCAGACCAUGGAGGGGGUCAUAGCCAUGGACGGGACUCUGCAGGCCUUGGCCCAAAUAUUUAAACACGGGAAGCGUGAGGACUGUCUGCCCUAUGCCAGCACCGUGCUCCGGAGCCUCGACGGCUGCAGACUCUCUGAGAGCAACCAGACCCUGCUGCGGAAGCUGGGGGUGAAGCUGGUGCAGCGGCUGGGGCUGACCUUCCUACGGCCAAAGGUGGCCACGUGGAGGUACCAGCGGGGCUGCCGAUCUUUGGCUGCUAACCUGCAGCUCUCUGCCCAGGAUCAGAGUGAGCAGAAACCACUCGAGGUACCGCCUGACAGUGAUGAGGACUAUGACAUUCCAGACGGGGUGGAGAGUGUGAUAGAGCAGCUGCUGGUUGGGCUGAAGGACAAAGAUACCGUGGUGCGGUGGUCUGCAGCCAAGGGAAUCGGCAGGAUGGCUGGACGGCUCCCCAGAGUGCUGGCGGAUGAUGUGGUUGGGUCUGUGUUGGACUGCUUCAGUUUUCAGGAGACGGACAAGGCAUGGCACGGCGGAUGUCUGGCACUGGCGGAACUGGGCAGACGAGGCCUGCUGCUCCCGUCGCGACUCAAGGAGGUUGUCGCCGUGAUCCUGAAGGCGCUGACCUACGAGGAGAAGCGGGGCGCCUGCAGCGUGGGUGCCAAUGUCAGGGACGCUGCCUGCUACGUGUGCUGGGCCUUCGCGCGAGCCUACGAGCCGCAGGAGCUGAGGCCCUUCGUGACCUCCAUUGCAAGCGCCCUGGUCAUCUCCGCUGUGUUUGAUCGAGACGUCAACUGCAGGAGAGCGGCCUCGGCUGCCUUUCAGGAGAAUGUGGGUCGACAGGGCACUUUUCCUCAUGGGAUCGAUAUUGUGACCACGGCCGACUACUUUGCAGUUGGGAACAGAGCAAAUUGCUUCCUGGUCAUAAGCGUGUUUAUUGCUGGCUUCCCCGAGUACACACGGCCGAUGAUAGACCACCUGGUUGCCAUGAAGAUCUGCCACUGGGACGGGGACGUCAGAGAGCUGUCGGCAAAGGCGCUGCACAACCUGGCCCAGCUAGCGCCCGAGUACAGUGCCGCUCAGGUGCUCCCAGGCCUGUUGUCGAUGGCGCUGAGCUCAGACCUGCACACGCGGCACGGAGCCAUUCUCGCCUGCGCGGAGGUCACCUAUGCCCUGUUCAAGCUGGCGGUGCAGAGGGACAGGCCCGUCACAGACUAUCUGGAGGAGAACGUGGUGCAAGGCCUGAGGCAGAUUCACCAGCAGCUCUGGGAGCGGCAGCUGUACAGGGGUCUGGGAGGAGAGCUCAUGAGGCAAGCAGUGUGUGUUUUGGUGGAGAAGCUGUCGCUUUCCAGAAUGCCCUUCAGAGGUGACUCCGUGGUCGGUGGCUGGCAGUGGCUGAUCGAUGACACCCUGAGAAGUCUUCACCUCAUUUCCAGCCAGGCCAGACAGCAGAUCAAGGAUGCCGCCGUCACAGCCCUGGCCGCGCUCUGCUGUGAAUACUACGUGAAGGAGCCAGGCGAGGCCUGUCCCGAAGCUCAGGAGGCGCUGAUCCCGCAGUACCUGGCGGAGCUGCGCGGCCCCGAGGAGAUGGCCCGCUGUGGCUUCUCCUCGGCCCUCGGCGCCCUCCCAGCCUUCCUCCUGAGAGGCCAGCUGCAGCAGGUGCUCACAGGCCUGAUGGCAGUCACCCGCUCCUCUCCCAAGGACGUGAGCUUUGCCGAGGCCAGGAGGGACGCUCUGAAGGCCAUUGCGAGAAUUUGCCAGACCGUCGGUGUGAAAGCAGAGGGGCCCCCGGAUGAAGCUGUGUGCAGAGAGAACGUCACCCAGGUGUACAGCACACUCCUGGACUGCAUGAGCGACUACACCACGGACAGCCGGGGCGACGUGGGGUCCUGGGUCCGCGAGGCUGCCAUGACCAGCCUGAUGGAACUAACGCUUCUCCUAGCGCGAACUCAGCCUUCGCUGAUUGACGCCCACGUGUGCGAGCGCCUCAUGUGCUGCGUGGCCCAGCAGGCCAGCGAGAAGAUUGACCGGUUCCGCGCCCACGCCUGCAGCGUGUUCAUGACGCUCCUGCACUUCGACAGCCCUCCCGUGCCCCAUGUGCCUCACAGACAGGACCUGGAAAGGCUGCUUCCCAGGUCCGACCUGGCCUCCGUGAACUGGAACGCACCUUCCCAGGCCUUCCCCCACAUCACCCAGCUGCUGGCGCUGCCCACCUACCGCUACCACGUCCUGCUGGGGCUGGCCGUGUCGGUGGGAGGCCUGACAGAGUCUACGGUCAGAUAUUCCACGCAGAGCCUCUUGGAGCACAUGAAGGGGAUUCAGAAUGAUCCGGAGGCUUUGGGGAGCUUCAGUAAAACCCUCCUGCAGGUCUUCGAGAAUAACCUCCUGAAUGACCGGGUGUCGGUGGCACUGCUGAAGAUGCUGGACCAGGUGCUGGCCAACGGGUGCUUCGACAUCUUCACCACGGAGGAGAACCACCCCUUCUGCGUGAAGUUGCUCGCCCUGUGUAAGGAAGAGAUCAAGAAGUCGAAGGACAUCCAGAAGCUUCUGUCGAGCAUCGCGGUGCUCUGCGGGAUGGUGCAGUUCUGUGGUGACGUGAGGAAGAAGGUCCUCCUGCAGCUGGCCCUCCUGCUGUGCCACCCGUUCCCCGUGAUCCGGAAGGCCACGGCGAGCCGGGUCUACGAGAUGGUGCUCACCUACAGUGACGUGGUGGCUGCAGACGUCCUGGACGAGGUCAUGGCCGUGCUCAGUGACACAGCCUGGGACGCAGCCCUCCCGGUCGUGAGAGAGCAGCGGAAUCGCCUCUGUGACCUCCUCGGUGUGCCCAGACCCCAGCUCGUCUCCAAGCCCGGUGCCUGUUGAACCAGUCCUGAGAGCCCUUGGGGCUGUGCAGUGGGGAGGAGCUGCCCAUGGCACGUUGCUGCCCAUCCACCGAGGGACGGCACCUGGGUCGCUGAAGCCGUCACCAGGUGUGCUGUUCACGUGCGGCUGUGCCGGUGGCCUGGCUGCCUGCUUCUGCCUCCAUGGAACAAGCCUGCUUCCCUCCCAUAAAAUCAUGUACCAAGCCA